AUGGGCCCGCAAGAUCGAUCCGCAAACGGGGAAACCGCUGGGAGAAUUGAAGCAGCUGGAGUCGCCACCCAGGCGGAGCCCGAACCACUACAGCUGCACGUCUUCACGGAGUUUCAAGCGGAAGGGGAGCCUAAACACAGGUCUCUUCACGCUACUCGCGCUGAUUCCAAUGGAACUUUGCGCGGUCAGUUGUGGCAGGUUACAGGAAAUGCCGAGAAAAUGCGCUUUGAAGAGGCUGAGAGUGUCAACGCUUUCAGUUCCGACUCAUUUUCUUGGCAUCAAACGCUUAACUCCAACCUCGGCGACAGCGACUAUGCCAAAGUGGGCCAGGUGGCUCGGAGCGAGCCACCGCCGCAGGCCAGGAAUCGCAAAGAGGUCAUGGAAAAUUGUCAAGGCUGGACGAUUCGGGUGCUGGAGCGCCUUGCUUCGGAAGGCAUCGUUAACGAGGACACAAUUGCGGCGCUGCGAGGGCAAAUGGAUCCCAUCGACUAA